AUGGAAGACUUGAUUGUUGUUGACUACAAGUGGAAAGCAAUGGGCCCCAUCAACAAAGAAAAGAAAAAGUUCAAAAGGAAUAUUGCGAAGGUGGGUGCUGACUAUAAAGCAGAAUUUUGUAAUUCGACUGCUUCUGACUUGUUUUUUGGCAUUUACCAACGCCAAUUAUCAGGAAAAAAAGGUAAACCCCAAAUAACAAAAAUAGACACUAUACGAUAUUUCGGCAUUUUACUAUAUAUGGGAGCACACCACGACAUAAAGAAUCCAAUUUCCGAGCUUUGGAACGAAAAACACGGGAAAACAAAUAUUUAUGGUAAAGCUAUGCCCAGAAAUGUUUUUCAACUUAUCAAUGCUAACAUCGAGACUUACGAUGUCACAACUUUUCCGGAUGAGUUGAGAAAGAGAGAAAAUCCAGAGAAUAAAGAAGAGACCGAAGAAGAAGAUUAUUUGAGUUGUGAUGAGUGGGUCAAAAAACAUCCUGUUGACCUGACCGAAGAGAAGCUAAAAAGGGAUGUUGAAGUGAGACAAAAAGUAAAUGAUGAAGAGACUAUAGAAAAGUGGUUAAUCAAAGCAUCAAACACGCCAAACUCGAAUGACAAGUUUGGCAAAAUUAGGGAAGUGUUGGAAGCUUUUAUUCACAACUUAGUGAACAACAAAUACUUUACACCGAGCACCACACUAUCGGUUGAUGAACACCUUUGCGCAUUCAAGGGAAAGAUAUGGGCAAAGGUAUUCAUCAAGUCCAAACCUCAGCGUUACGGCAUCAAGUUUUGUUUUUUUUUUCGGAGAUUCACGGUGUUGAGACAUAUACAUCGGUAA